CAGGUCAACGACUCUCAUCAGUCUUCAGAUUCAAAGCAGAAUUCAAUCGGAGAAGACGAAGAUGGGAGCUUUCGGGAAGCUGAUCGACGCGAUCCUCUUCUUAUACUUUGCUCUGAUGGUGUUCAUCCCGCCGCUCUUCGACGCGCAAACGGUGCUUCCCAAACAAAUCUACCCGGCGAUCCUCACCGAUCUGAACCGCAACUACAUCGCCGACUUCGGAGACUACUUGCUCGCGGAGGAGCCGCAUUUCCUCGUGGGACUCAUCUGGCACGAGCUCGUACUCCUGUGGCCGCUCUCCAUCGCCAACGUCUACGCGAUUCUCGCCGGAAAGUCGUGGUUCGGCACCACGUGCUUGCUCUACGGAGCUUCCGUCGUCACUUCCAUGUCUGCAGUCCUGGGAGAGAUGAUAGGUUCGGGGAAGGCAUCUGAGAAAUUGCUAAUGAUGUAUGUGCCUUUCAUGGGUAUUGGGAUACUGGCUACUCUUCGUGGUUUAGUCUCUCGUUCAACCAAGAGCACUGGAUCUGUUGACAAGAGAUCCGCUGUUAAGCCUAGGAGGAAGCUGGCCUAGAAGAGGUGGUUUCUCGUUUGUGAUGGUUGGUUCUAAUUUUUCAUUUUUUUCUUUUAUGUACCUUUGGAUAACUUUGGUUCUCUUUGCUUGUUCUCUCAGCAACACUGAAAUGUUUCCUUGAUCGAAAUCAAAUUCAUUGCUUUUGAAAAUCAAGUAGUCUUUUAAGUUC